CCAGCCGCCGCCCGCCGGGGCGCUCCGCCGCCGGGGCUCGCAGACGGGCUGGGGCCGGCCGGCGCGGGCGCAGGGGGGAAGCGGCGUCCGACGGCAGCGCGGGCAUCCUCGGGCGGGGCCGCGGGACGCGACUCAGGUAACACUUGAGCCUCGUCAUGGGAGCCGUAGUAGCUGAUGAUGGUCCAUCUGGUGUUAAAGCCCCUGAUGGAGGCUGGGGCUGGGCUGUCCUUUUUGGCUGUUUUAUCAUCACAGGAUUCUCCUAUGCAUUUCCUAAGGCGGUCAGUGUCUUCUUUAAAGAACUUAUACGGGAAUUUGGUGUUGGAUAUAGUGACACUGCAUGGAUUUCCUCCAUUCUGUUGGCCAUGCUUUAUGGAACAGGUCCACUCUGCAGUGUGUGUGUCAAUCGCUUUGGCUGUCGCCCUGUCAUGCUGGUGGGUGGCCUUUUUGCCUCAAUGGGAAUGGUUAUAGCCUCCUUCUGCACGAGCAUCGUUCAGAUCUAUCUAACUGCAGGUGUGAUUACUGGUUUGGGUCUGGCACUGAAUUUUCAGCCUUCACUUAUCAUGUUAAACCGAUACUUUGACAAACGGCGGCCCUUAGCCAACGGGCUGUCUGCUGCUGGGAGUCCUGUGUUCCUUUGUGCUCUCUCACCAUUGGGGCAGAUACUACAACAUGAGUACGGCUGGAGAGGAGGAUUCCUUAUACUGGGUGGGAUGCUGCUCAACUGCUGUGUAUGCGGAGCAUUAAUGAGACCUCUGGAGCCACCCAAAAAGUCUGAAGCUACCAAAGAACCAGCUGAGAAGAAAGCAAAGAAAAAACUUCUGGAUUUCAGUGUGUUUAAAGAUGGUGGUUUUGUAAUAUACACACUGGCAGCAUCUAUCAUGGUGCUUGGCCUCUUUGUUCCCCCAGUUUUUGUUGUGAGUUAUGCCAAGGAUUUAGGGUAUCAAGACACCAAAGCAGCUUUUCUUCUGACUAUUCUGGGAUUCAUUGAUAUCUUUGCCCGACCUGUAUGUGGAAUGGUAGCUGGUCUUAAAUGGGUUAGACCACGCUGUGUCUACCUCUUCAGUUUUGCCAUGAUUUUCAAUGGCUUUACAGAUCUCAUGGGUUCCAUGUCUGUUGAUUAUGGUGGCCUGGUGGUCUUUUGCAUUUUCUUUGGCAUUUCUUAUGGAAUGGUAGGUGCUCUUCAGUUUGAAGUUCUCAUGGCUAUUGUUGGUACUCAGAAGUUCUCCAGUGCUAUCGGUUUAGUGCUCCUGGCAGAAGCUAUGGCUGUUCUAAUCGGUCCACCAUCAGCGGGAAAACUCUUGGAUGCAACAGGGAGGUACAUGUUUGUUUUUAUUAUUGCUGGAAUUGAAGUUACCACAUCAGCACUUGUAUUGGCCUUGGGAAAUUUCUUCUGCAUUAAGAAAAAAUCAGAAGAACCAUGUACAAAAGAAGAAGCAGCAGAAAGAGAGGAAUUAAACAAAUCUGAAGACAAAAUGCCUGAAGAUGCCAAGGUGGACUCCAUUGAAGUGGAGCAGUUUCUGAAAGAUGAGCCUGAAAAAAAUGGCGAAGUUGUAACAAACCCAGAAACGUGUGUGUGAGCAUGACAGGAAACCUACAAAGUGUGUAGAAAGAGUUUCAACACUAUUUAUUUUAGAAAUAGAACUAGCUUAGGGCUGGGCCAUCUGCUUUAUUAACUGGAGGCUAGUCAGCUCAUCAGGUCUCUCUGGAAGCUGCCUUGCUAGAAAACCCUUUACCGGAAAAUUAGCUUUAUCAGUAAAAGGUGGAGCAUUGUGGUUUUACUUUUUAUGUAAACUAAAAAGCUUUUGUAAACACAAGUAGAGUUUUGCUAUGCAUCACCAGAAACUGCUCACUUGGAAGAGGUAUAGGAAGAAUAUAUUUUAAGAAAAUGGAAUUAUAUAUAUGUUUUCAGACAAUAUUGGUGAAAUCGCUGUAUUGUGUGGAACGAGUUUGAGAUGGGAGAAAAAUCUCAGGAACUUAAAGGUCUCCAAUAGGUUUUUGAAUUUCUUACUUUUUUAGAUUUUUAGAUUAAUUGGCUCAGCCCUUCUUUAAUUUUGAUAAUAUCUGUUACUUUUAUUUAUGUAAAUGUAUUUCUGAGUUUUGUCUAAACCUGUAAUCUUUGUUAAUUAUCUGGAAAUACUGUACAUGGAAAGGCACAUUACAGAUACUGUCCUGAGCAGAUCACACAAGUGGUAGUCCAAGGUAGGGCUAAAAGAGAAGAAAACAAGCAGAACUGGUCCUGACAGACCGUAAGCAACGUUAGCCUAUAUUUACAUACGUGGUUUUCAGUAUGGUUUCCCUGCAGCACUGAAAAAUAUUACAAGUAACACGGAUACUAGGUUUAGUAGAGUCUUCUGAAAACGUGUCCAUUUUGUAUGUAAAAGAAGCAGCAUAAGUUCCCAGAUGACCUAUAAAUCAGAGUGGGUAGACUUAGGGAUUGAACUAUGUUUCAAGAUAUUUUAAAGCCAGCUUUAAAAUGCAAUGUUAGCAACACAGGAAGGUCUUAAUGUGGUAGUUUUGUUUUUUUUUUUCAUUCCCUAUCCUUUUGCUUCAUCUGUGGAAGUUCAAGGUGCCAUUCUUGCUGGUUGAGGAAAUGUGCUGUAACUGUUAUCACAUGUGUGGCAGCAGUGCAUAAGGAUCAAUUGAGAAUGGGGUCAGCUCUGCUGCUCGUUGCACAAACUGAACAGAGAGUCUCUGGCCAGUCUUCAAAUCUUCUCUGACAUCGGUAUGGAGGAAGGAGAAGAAACAGAAACAGAUCAGACAAGGCAGUGACAGGACAUUUGAAGAAAUGCAGAAAGGGAAAAUAGUAAUUGUGAGGACACUGGGUAGAAAGGGAAGGUAAAAGGAAGCAUUCUCUAGAUUUUUUUUUUCCCCACCCAAACACAUUCAAGAAACACAGUCUUUUAUAUGCAUUCAUGCUACUGCAGACCACCUUUCAGAUGUGUUUAUGAAAAGCUCUCUAGGCUUUGUGAUUGCAGCAGCGGUCUCCAAAACAGACUAAUUGUGACAGAUUCAGUUUCCUUGUUGGUAGCAAAGGAAUACUGGCCUUCAGGUGCCAAAAUUGUUCUGCUUAGUAACUUAAACCUAAAAGACUCUUAAUUCCUUAAAACCCUAUAUCCCUUUUAAAAAGACACCAUCAGUUGUUUCAUACUUGACCAUUUUAACAGAAACAUACAGUGAAUCCAACAAAGUGCCAAACCCAUGAACCAUUCCCCAGUGGAACUGUCUCAGAUAGCAGCUUCCAUCCUGAGAGUUUCUUCAAAUGGUUUUGCAUUGUUAGGACAACCCUGCACAGAAAUGGAAAAGUUAGGAUCACGAUGGAUUUUUCUGAGUGAUUUUAAAAAGAAAUGGAUGCUGCACUGAAUAAACUGUUUAUUUUUAUAUCGCA